AUGUUUCAUUCCUCUCUUACACUUAUAAAUGUCGCUGCAGUUAGUCUGCGGCGAAAGCAAACGAAUAAGUUAGCAAUGACUAAUGCAUCGUUUAGUGGAAAAAAGAAAGCUUCAGCCGUCAAAUACUUGUUGGAAAAGGAAGAGGACGAGAUAGUUUGUUCCUUCGGUUCCGAUUACUUUGCUGGGGCUCGAUGCGGCUCUGGCGGAGGUGGCCUUUUGUGUGGCAGCUUCUCGCUCUACCAGUUUAGGUUAAUCAAGAGGGAUCACAUGGAAGCUAACCUUGCUGUUGGGCUGAAGUUUGGUGAGCGAAACCCCAAUUUCUCUCGCUGGACACUUCUUCGCGGUAUAUCUUCUCAACCAAUGAUGACUGUGGGCUGCAUCGCACUCAUGACGACCACGUUUUUGAAGUCUGUCAAAUUUUAUCUCGCCAACUGUCGAUGUCGGGAGUUCGCAAGGGAUGAUGCGGAAUAUUUCAUGUUGCAGGAGUUAAGUAUGCAGGAUCCUGUGGCUUAUGACGCGUUCGUUAAGCUUUUUGUGCCGAAGGAAGAUGAUAGGAUGAUGGACUACAAAAAGCUUGGAAGCCCUGCCGAAAGCUCCCACGCCUCAUUCUCCCCUUCCCUAUCUGGCACCCCAACGCAGACGGGAACAGUGGCUACAAAUCCCCCUAAAUCAACCGCCGCGAGUCAUUACAAAUCAAUGGAGGAAUUAUACAAAAUCCGCAAGGGAUCAACCUUCGUGAAGAAGAGGCGGCCACCCACCUUUAUGGAUGGUGUAGCUGUUGGCCUUAUGGGAUCAAUUAUGGACUGUUAUUUACCCCAGAAACCGAUCCAAAAUUACUAUGGGAUGCGGUGUGGAAUGGGUUGA